AUGCAACCAAACCACUGCGACCUGCUCGGUCAGGUGCGCGAACCCAGAGCCGCAAGUCAACUGAUGCGCGAUGGCCAGCCGCGCGAACAGAAUGGCCGAAGUGGUCAGCCCCGGUUGUCCGGUGCGGCGCCCAUGAGAUCAGAGGACUCUUGGAUCGAAGUAUCAUCUCAGCCAUCAUCCUCAUCUCUGUCAUCGGCCGCAACCAACGACGAUAUCAUCACCACUGGGCUCCAGGUGGAACAUCGCGAGGCAGGCAUGUAUCAGCACCGAAGUCGCCGACGGCGCAUGCAGCAUUUGGCUGCCGUGGCCACCGCCCAAGUGGACUACUCGUCGCGGGAGGCCAGUCUGGCGAGCAGCAGCCAGGAGGAAUAUGAGGAGAGCGAAAGCGAAUCAGAUCCGCCCAUGAGUAGCUCCAACGAGGAUAUCAACCGCCCUGUCCGACCUACAUCGCUACCUGUGCCCCUCGCAUCCCCCUCUGAUGAAGCCGACAGCGAUGAUGGAGAUGAUACAUCUACUGCCUUGGGAAUGGGUAUCAGCCCAUCGCCAUUUGUCCCUCAACCCAACGUUUUCUCCCAUCCACCCAACACAACAGAUCCCUCCUGGACUCGACCUUCGGAGUCCCGCCGCUCUCAGCCCAGCGUCUUGUCGAACUCAAGCCGGCGCACUGAGAUCCGGCGAGAUUCUUACCCCAGCACACGAGCAUCUCGCAGAUCCCAACAGUCCCAGCACAGCCCUUACAAUAUGAUCUCGCCCUCCCAUCACGCCGACCACGAUGCCGCUCUUCGUGCCAGUCUCUCCACCCUCCUGUCCUGUGCAGCCGCUGCCCGAGGGCUACCCAAGACAGACUCCCCACACCUGCAAUCCAGCCCCUCAGGCGCAGCCCCACCAGCCUCAUUCCGGCUUGUCGGCGAAUCCGUCGCCAUGGGCGAAGAGAGCGGCGAAGAGCGUUCCUCCCCAACCCGGUGUACAGAAACCAGCCCCUCAGUGGGUCCCGCCCGCCGCAGACCCCUCGUGGUGCCACACGGCCCGUCCACGUCAAAAGCAAAACGCCGCUCCGCCUCUCCCAAAGACCGCAGCGCCGCUACCAAGAAGACUCGCCGCGCAAGUCUGUCCGACUCGACGGCCCCCAUCAGCCCCACGAUCAUGACGUGGGUUAUCAGCGCGGGUGUCGUGGUCCUCUUUUCGGCUAUCAGCUUCUCCGCUGGAUACAUGCUCGGCCGAGAAGUUGGGCGGGCUGAGAUGGGCGUGAUGGGGGAUGGCGGCGUCCCGGGUGCGCGGUCAUCGGCGGCCUGUGGGCAAGAAGCUGUCCGUGGCAGUCUCAAGAGACUGCGUUGGGGCACUGCCGCUGCUGGAUCGGCCAGCUUGGCUUGA